AUGCGGGUGAUGGAAGAAUGGGAAACAGAGCAGAUACAUGGUGAGAUUAUUGGUGCGAAAGGUGCUUUCGUCCAUUUCAAUAUCGACGCUGGUCUUUUCAGUAUAUUCAUCAUGCUGUUCAAGGCUGGAUUUGUAUACUAUGCAAUUAAGCGCCCGUGGAUAUCGGGCAUGAUGGCUGUCGUUCUAGCGCUGGCGUUUCUCUUCUUGGGCCCCUACGUCGAUCCGCACAACAACUCCCUCCACGCCUGCACGAUGGCCACUCUCGCAGCAUUCGUGUUCUCGGCGGACGCUGGCAAGACCCUACAGGCAUCCAUCAUUGCAAUCCCUGUCAUGACGCGGUGGCGGAUAUUUCAUUCACGCCGGGUCGUGCAUUCGUUACGGAGGAUCCAAGUAUUUGAACGCCAUGCGCCAUGCGGUGGAUAUUCAUCGAGAUUGCGAAAGAGAUGCAACUCGUGGCCCAGAUUAUAG